AUGGAAAUAGUGGGGUGCCGAGCAGAAGACAGCUCGUGUCCUUUCCGCCCUCCAGCCAUGCUCUUCCACGGGAUCUCUGGAGGCCACAUCCAAGGCAUCAUGGAAGAGAUGGAGCGCAGAUCCAAGAGCGAGGCCCGCCUGACCAAAGGCGCCCAGCUCAACGGCCGCGACGCGGGCAUGCCCCCGCUGAGCCCGGAGAAGCCCGCCCUGUGCGCCGGCUGCGGGGGCAAGAUCGCCGACAGGUACUACCUGCUGGCCGUGGACAAGCAGUGGCACCUGAGGUGCCUGAAGUGCUGUGAAUGUAAGCUGGCGCUGGAGUCCGAGCUCACCUGCUUCGCCAAGGACGGCAGCAUUUACUGCAAAGAGGAUUACUACAGAAGGUUCUCUGUGCAGAGAUGUGCCCGCUGCCACCUCGGCAUCUCCGCCUCCGAGAUGGUCAUGCGCGCCCGAGACUCCGUUUACCACCUGAGCUGUUUCACCUGCUCCACGUGCAACAAGACCCUGACCACGGGUGACCAUUUUGGCAUGAAGGACAGCCUGGUGUACUGCCGCGCCCACUUCGAGACCCUCUUGCAAGGAGAGUAUCCGCCGCAGCUGAGCUACAGCGAGUUGGCGGCCAAGAGCGGCGGCUUGGCCCUGCCUUACUUCAAUGGCACCGGCACCGUGCAGAAAGGGCGGCCCCGGAAACGCAAGAGCCCGGCGCUGGGGGUGGACAUUGUCAAUUACAACUCAGGUUGUAACGAGAACGAGGCCGACCACCUGGACCGGGAUCAGCAGCCUUACCCGCCCUCGCAGAAGACCAAGCGCAUGCGCACCUCCUUCAAGCAUCACCAGCUGCGGACCAUGAAAUCCUACUUCGCCAUCAACCACAACCCGGACGCCAAGGACCUCAAGCAACUUGCUCAGAAAACAGGCCUGACCAAAAGAGUUUUGCAGGUUUGGUUCCAAAACGCACGAGCCAAAUUCAGAAGGAACCUUUUGCGGCAGGAGAAUGGGGGUGUUGAUAAAGCCGAUGGCACGUCGCUUCCGGCCCCGCCCUCGGCAGACAGCGGCGCGCUCAGUCCAGCGGGCACAGCGACCACUUUAACAGACCUGACCAAUCCCUCUCUCCCCGUAGUGACAGCCGUGACCUCUAACCUGGACAGCCACGAGUCCGCCAGCCCCGCGCAGACUACCUUAACGAACCUUUUCUAA